AUGUCAACCUUCAACUGUGGUCACACGCUUCCAAAAUCCCGCGUCGGCGCGAAACUUUCUCAGAUUCCUGGCAAGCGCUGCCCAGAAUGUCAAACCAGGGCUGUCAAUGGCGUUCUUGGAUUGCUGACAAACAUGCAGAAGCCCGAAAACGUACGCGAUCCCGAUGUAGACGAAUAUCUCCUGACGUACAUCUUUGAUCGGUUUGUGUCCCAGCGAAAGUCUACUGCGGCGGGCUUCAGGCAAAGAUUCAAGGAGGUUCUUGGUGCUUGGAGUCAGGCGACUUAUUGUCUCCUGGACCGAAAGCGGAUUUCGAAUUGCCUAGAUACCGCAAGAAGCCGAUGGGGCAGCGACGUUGCAACCCAAGCACUACGAGCUCUAGGAGCAACAGCACUCAAGAUGUGUGGCAUCUACUCUCCUAUUGAACCAGUUGCAGUAGACUUCGUAAUUCCUCUUAACGGGAUGAUUGACCUGUUAAGGACACGAGCUACCACCGUAGAGUCUUUCGAUCAACUAGAAGUUAUCUUUGAUAACGCCGCGACUCUCCGGGAGGCUGCUGACGAUGUUAUUCGUGCAUUCGCACGAAUUAAUGACGAUUUCGAUAGGUGGAAUACCACGGUUAAGAGGUAA